AUGGUUGAAGUACACGCUGCCCCGAGGGUAGCAAUUCGAAGCUCCGCCAAAUCCGCCCAGUCCAUCGUAGUCGUCUGUUUCCUGAUCCUUCUCCUCUACAUCUUUUUCUCGGGGGGGAGGGCAAGCGAGAGACUGGAGAAGGCAAGCAAGAAUUUGGGAAAAGUCGGUAAGAACAUCGGUGGCGCAUUCUCAAGCCGUGAGAAGCCAUCGACCUCCUCAAGCAACCGAGGAGACCGUAGAGAAGCUACUGCGCCGGACUCGGAUGUGAGUAGUGAUAGCGGGCAGGAUUCCCCUCGCCCAAGAAAGAGAAGCCAAAAGGCUGAAGAGGGAAAGCGAGACAAUAAACAAACCUCCCAGGAGGAGGACCACCAACAAGCAGUUCGUGAGAAGCAUCAUAGCAAAUCUUCUGAUCGAUCACCCUCAAGGAGCGAUACAACUCCCAUCUCUACGUCAGACACGUCUGCUUCGACUGCAGAGCAGGAUAGGCGGAGACAAGAGAGGAGGAAAAGGCGUGAAGAGAAAGAGAAGGAAAAAAGAGAAAAGGAAAAGAGAGAUUCAGAGAGAAGAGACAAGGGAAGGAGGGAUAGAGAGAAGAGAGCAAGCGAGAAUGUGACCGAAUCGGACACAAAUGAGACGAAAGAGAGAAGUAACCAGGAGCAGAAAGAGAAAGAUAGAGAGGCGAAGAAGAAGAAGGAGCAGGAGAAGCAGAAGAAGAAGGAGAAGAAGGCAAGAAAACAGCAACAGGUCGAGUACGAGAAACCAGACUCUUCUCCAAACCUCACUCCCCUACCUGACCAUCGAUCUGCCAAGCCCAAGCGAAGUAUCCACCGCAGAAGAGGGUCAGACGAUAGUGUCACCCCUUCACGCAAUUCAUCGUCGGGAAGUCAUGUAUCAUGGAGUGAUGAAGAAGGCCAGUCUCCUCAUCCAGUGAGGAAGCACUUUCGAAAAUGGGGCGAUUACGUCGGCCUCACUGAAGACAAAGCGUCGUUCGAAAACAAACCAGAGGAGAUUGAGCCAAAGUGGCAAACACAUAGGAAGCUACCAGUCGAUCCUGCAGAGCGAUGUGCCAAGGCACUUCGAGGGAAGGGUGUUCUAGAGGACGGGGUAUUGAAGCUGAUGGAGGAGGCCGAGGUAGUAGCAAUGGCGAAGCCUCGAGAAAAGCAUUGGAUCCAAGCACUGAACGAUCAGUGGGAUGAUCAUCAUGGCUCAAUACCUGCUGUCGCUGUCAUGAUGAGUCAAGAACUGAGCAAGCUUAUCACACUCAACGAUAUAGAGCUUCUAGAGACUGUCCUCGAAGCCCGCAAAUCCGCAAAGAAAGCUACGAAGCCAAAGUUGGAUACCGGAAUCGACAAGAAGAGAGACUAUGGAAAGUUCAAAGACAGAGUGGGAGUCAGACCUGACGACCCUCUCUUUGUUUACAAAUUCAUCCUCGCAUGGUACUGCGAGCACUACAGAUGUCGAUACUAUGACGAGAGAAUGGGCAUCAGUGAAGAGCCGGUACCUAUGAUGUCUGACCCCAAGCUAGAUAAGACGGCGCAGAUCUUGGGCUGGAUGGAAUACCUCGGAAGACUGAAUAUGGGGCAACGACUAUUCAUUGGUCUAGACCUCUAUGGCUUGUCGAUGCGUGCGCAGGCGAUGCGGGAGGGAGACGGCUAUCGACUGGAUCUUACUGUAUUCAUGCCGGGUGGACCUCCUGAAAAGCCAGAGAAUGAUCCCAUGAAAGAGUGGGCCAUCAAACUAGAAGACUCCGGCAAAGCUUUCCGAACAAUCCACCUUGAGCUUGCCACCAUGCUCUACAAGACAGAAGAUGUCACAAUGCUGAAGGAUCCUUUCGUACGGCGCAGGCUGAUAUUCCGUCCGGGCUGGUCUCUGCGGGGUGUGAGAUCAGACAAGCUGGGGAAGCCAGAACCCGAGAGAAGUGUCGCUCAGCGAACGCUCAUUAAACGACCUUCAGAAGUGCUUGCCAUACCAAGCAACAUCAACGAGCGCAUCACUAGGGCUCUCCGAAAGCCCAGCAAAAACGUGCGGAAUGCUCUUUCAAGACUUUCUCCAGGAGAAGUAUGCUUUCAAUCCAUACGCCAGUAUGCCUGGGAUAAAAACUCUGUCACUCCCGAAAACUCCAAGCUGACCCCCCUGACUUUUUGGAUCGCCUGGUCCUUCAGCGGGGAGAGGAUGCAGGAAAGCAAAGGACCGGCCGAUGUCCAACAAGACCAACGAAACCAUGACUUUGUGAGAUCCAUUGAUCUCGGGGGUUAUAUACCCCUGUUCAAGCUUCAACCCCCGCGCUUUGUCCCUAUCAAUGGGUUUCCGGCGCUCGAGGUGCUUGUGCUGUCGUAUGUCCCGCUUGGAAGAGCUGGAGCGACGGCUGAGCUGUUACUCGACAAAGACUAUGGUCUCUUUGAUGAGCUCAAGAAGAUCAAGGAGCCCACUCGCCAUUUGAGUAAACAGGCUACCAAGCUUCGAUUGUUCAUCUCUAUCGCCGACGCGCGCUCUUCAAGAUCUAUCAUAGAGGACUUGGACAAAAAGCUAGCAGAAGAGGGGCGGAGGCAAUUGGUGGGUGGGAAAUCACCAGAUCAAGCUGUCAUCAACAUGCGAGGCUUGGCCCGUGAUGCGCUGGGAGAGGCGUUUCUCGUGGAUGAGGCUCAGGCUGGGAAUGCAGAGGAAGGCCUGCUGCCCAAAGGCAUACCUCUGAGGUAUGAUCCAACUGGAGCGGAGAAGUCAUUGGGUAUCGGCAAGAAUCACCAGCCUCCUGCUGUUGAUGAGUCCGGCCAGGCGCCACCAUCCGAGUCCAGUGAUACUCCAGCAAUCCCAGCCGAUCCACCAGCGCCGCUCGCCGAGGAAGGAAAGGCGAACCAGCCUCCCGGGCCACCUCCCCCUGCUCCAGUACACCUGCCAUCUCCUACAAGUGAGUUGAGUGGUGCCAAUCUCGGCGGUCAACCAAAGAGAGUCCCUUCCGCACCAGUGGAUCCUAUUCCAACAGGAAGAUCAGCCGGAGCCGCUGCGGAAGCCCGACGUCGAGCGCUGGAGAAUGAAAGAGAAGCGCAACCUUCGCCAGUCGAUCGGAGAGUCAAUGGAGAGAGUGUGAAUCAAGACGGGCAGACCGGUUAUAUAUCUCCUACAGUUGAGGAUGAUCCGGAAGGCGACGAAAGCGAUGUGCCAAAGGAUAAGAAAAGUAGAUUUGGGAGAUUGAGAGAUAUUGAAAACAUAUUCAGAGGUGGUGGCGGAGGAAAAUAG